UGUAGCAAUGGCAGGAGUGGUGGUGGUUUUCGACUUCGACAAGACGAUUCUCGACUGCGAUAGCGAUAACUGGGUUGUGGAUGAGUUGGGUAUCUCCGAGUUGUUUACCCAGUUCCUCCCUACCUUGCCUUGGAAUUCGCUCAUGGAUAGGAUGAUGAUGGAGCUUCACUCACGGGGAAAAACGAUAAAGGACAUUGCAGAGUGUUUGAAACAUGCUCCACUGAACCCCAGGAUUAUCUCUGCAAUUAAAUCAGCCCAUGCUUCUGGGUGUGAUUUGAGAAUACUCAGUGACGCAAAUGCCUUUUUCAUCGACACGAUUUUGAAACAUCAUGGUUUGAUUGAAUGUUUCACAGAAAUCAACACGAACCCAAGUUUUAUUGAUGAGGAAGGCUGGCUUAGAAUCUUACCAUACCAUGAUUUCAGUUCUCAUUCUCAUGGCUGCAGUAGUUGUCCUCCCAACUUGUGCAAGGGUUUAGUGAUGGAAAGGAUCCGAGCUUCUCUUCCAGCUGAGGGAAAGAAAAAUAUCAUCUAUCUUGGAGAUGGAACUGCAGAUUUUUGCGCUGGUUUGAAGCUUGAAGAAGGAGAUUUUCUGAUGCCAAGGAAGAAUUACCCAAUCUGGGAGAUAACUUGCACCAACCGAAGCCUCAUCAAGGCAAAAGUCCAUGAGUGGAAUGAUGGGGAGGACCUUGAGACUAUAUUGCUCGAUUUAAUAAACCCAUUUUUCAUUGAAGAGAAAUACAAUGUGAGAAGCAGUACUACUGAUCGAAUGGUACUUGCAGUUGAGUGCAAGUUCCUCACGAGUUCAAUCCCUGCCCAUGAAGCCUCUAGCAAUAGUACCCUCCCAGUUCCCUAGUAGUUGUAAAGAAUUCUGAUUGUUGGCUCAAUACGAACAUCAAUAAUUUUUCCUGUA